AUUCAUGCACAUUUACUAAACUGCUGCAAAUGUGAGUCCAUAAGGGUUAACAGGAAGCAGAAAGAGGAUUGUUGAUUGCUGUUUUGGGAAAAGCAUCGUGGGAGAAGUGGAAAGGAUUUGGACACAAAUACAAGUUACAGAGAGAUGGACGGGGCACAAGUGAAGAAAGAGGAUGCCAAGAAUGAGAAGACAGAAGAGGAGGUGGUGCACUUACGGAGAGAGAUCGGCCUGCUGCCGGCAGUGUGCUUCAUCAUCGGCACAGUGGUGGGCAGUGGGAUCUUCAUCGCACCCAAGGGUGUCCUGAUGAACAGUGGCAGCGUGGGCCUCUCUCUGCUGGUGUGGGCGCUGUGUGGGGUCCUCUCCUUGUUUGGUGCCUUGUGUUAUGCUGAGCUGGGCACCAGUUUUACAAAAUCAGGGGGCCACUACAUUUAUCUACUGGAGACACUAGGGCCCCUGCCUGCCUUUUUACGACUCUGGGCCGAGUUCUUAUUUAUCAGACCAGCUGUGGCUUCCUAUGUGUCCUUGGCUUUUGGCCGCUACGUGGUGGAGCCAUUCUUCGCGCCCUGUGCUGCUCCCACAGUGCUAAUCAAGCUGGUCAGCAUCCUGGGAGUGACGUUCAUCGUGGCACUCAACUGCUGGAGUGUGACCAUGGCCUCUCGCACUCAGAUCACCUUAACUUUCAUUAAGAUGUUUGCUCUGGUGCUCAUCAUCAUCCCUGGUGUCAUCGCACUUGCAAAAGGACAAACAGAGAAUUUCCAGAAUGGCUUUGAGGUUGACUCAUUAACUCUGGAUAGACUGCCACUAGCCUUCUAUAAUGGCCUUUAUGCCUAUGGUGGAUGGUUUUACUUGAACUUUGUCACAGAAGAGGUCAUAAAUCCAAAUAGAAACAUCCCGCUGGCAAUAAUCUGCUCCAUGGUGACAGUGACAGUCUUUUAUGUGCUUGUUAAUGUGGCCUACUACACCAUGAUGACUCCCGCUGAGCUGCUGAUGUCUGAUGCUGUGGCUGUGACGUUUGCAGCUCGGGCUCUCCAGGGAUUGGCUUCUGUGAUUCCCUUUCUGGUGGCCCUCUCCUGCCUCGGAGCGCUUAACGGUGGCUUCUUUGGGUCACCCAGGAUGCUGUUUGUGGGAGCCAGAGAGGGCCACUGGCCUCAUAUCUUCUCUAUGAUCCACAUCCGCAGACAUACACCUCUGCCCGCUGUUCUGUUACUGUACCCGCUGGUGGUGCUGAUGCUGAUAACAGGAGAGAUCUACCAGCUCAUCAACUUUGCCUCCUUUGCUCGCUGGUUCUUCAUCGCCUUGGCAACGAUGGGGAUGCUCAUCCAUCGAUACCGCUUCCCUCUCCACCCAAGACCUUUCAAGGUUCCCAUGGUCAUCGCGGUCACCUUCACGGUGGUUUGCUUCUUCAUCGUGGGUCUGUCUCUGUACUCGGACCCCUGGAACACGGGCCGGAGCUGUGCUCUCACACUGACCGGGGUCCCCGUUUACUACGUGACUGUCUACCGGUAUCGCCUGCCCCCCAAAUGGAGACGCUUCUUCAACUACUGCAGCAAGCAGCUUCAGAUCCUUCUAGAAGUGAUUCAACAAGAAGUGCGGACAUACUGAAGACCUCCAAAGAGCACUUUCUACUGACAGACUUCCAGGAUUUCACUCGAACAAGUCCGACAAUCUGUUUUUAUUUUGUGUGAUUUUUUUUGAACAUUUGAGGCCCAAUAAUAAUGGCAAAGAUUUGGAAGAGCUAGGCCACCCCGCAUUUUAGGCCUCUGUAACAGUUCUAACGGUAUUCUAGGUUUCUUCCAGUCCCAUAUAAAUGAAAUAAAGACCUGUUCAACAGAUUUGAAGAAAGAUUUAGGGAGAUAAAGUGGAAUACACUGAAACAAAUAAAGAAACUUGGGAAGCACAUUCAUUUUUAUACAAUUCACUUUUCCUGCUAAGGAUAGGUGAAGUGUCUUCCAUUGUUUCAGGUCUAAUUUGACUUUCUCAAAUAGCAGACAGAAAUUUUCGUGGUAAAGCUUCUGCAUGUCCCUUGGAACAUUAAUGCCCAAAUAUUUAAAGCCAUUCCUAAACAUUUGGAAUGGUAGAGCAUUGUCUUGUAUUUGAAGAGCCAGGUCAUUAACAGGAUAACAUUCACUUUUGCUAAAAUUCAGAUAGCUCUUGAUACAGGGUCUGAUACAUACAUUAAUAAAUCAUCUGCGUACAGAGAUACUCUAUGCUCUUCAGCCCCCCUUUGGAUUCCACUUAACGAGGGUAAUGAUUUGAGUGUAAUGGAUAAGGGCUCUAUGGAUAGGGGAAAUAGCAGUGGGCUG